AACAGUAUAUAUAUUGCCUAUAAUCUACAUCAAAUUUUCAUUGCCUCAAGCAUGGCGGAGCUCCUCCUAAAACUCUCAUCCGCCGCCGCCGUCUUCCUCCUCGCGGUCCUCUCGUUAGCUUCCUCCUUCGCCACCGUAGAAGCAAAGCCUUUCUCCCGAAACCUCUCUCCACUGUCCCUGGGGAUAAACAAACCGGAGAAACUAAGCCACCUCCAUUUCUACUUCCACGACAUCGUCGCCGGCAAAAACGCCACCGCUGUCCGCGUGGCCAAAGCAGAAACGACGUCCGCCUCGUCGCCGUUCGGUGCGGUGGCGGUGAUAGACGAUCCACUGACGGUCGGCCCCGAUAUAGGGUCCAAACUCGUGGGAAGAGCGCAAGGGAUUUAUGCUUUAACGUCGAAGACCGAAAGUAGCUUGUUGAUGGCGUAUAACUUCGCUUUCAUGGAAGGGAAAUAUAAUGGAAGCAGCCUUACCGUUAUGGGGCGGAACCCGGUGCUUUCCGCCGUAAGAGAGAUGCCGGUGAUGGGUGGCAGUGGGGUUUUCCGGUUUGCUCGUGGAUAUGUCGAAGCAAGGACUCAUACAUUUGAUCUCAAGACUGGCGACGCUUGUGUUGAAUAUGAUGUUUAUGUUUACCACUAUUAGUGAAUUAUUUCUUCUCUUUGAGGUCUAAUUACACUUUUAGUCCCUUUACUAUGUUAAAUUCGAGAUUUA